AUGAAUCCCGCUCCGAUUCAACCCCUGGCGUCUUCGCGGGGCACGGGAAUGCCAGCUGGUGCCAAACGUCUCGGUAAAAGCGCUGAGCUGCUGAGCUUUCACUUGAGACCCAUAAGCAAAUUAAGUGAACCAAGCGACAUCUGUCGGCAAAAACCGCCGGUAGAACCACUCGUCGCCGCGCGGGCGGGCGACGCUUCGGUGGCGAGGAUGGGGUGCCUGCAAUCCAAGGCGAAUGCCCUACCCGCGCCCGAGGAGUACCUGAAAUCGCGGGCGAGCCCCGACAUCUCCGUGUCGCAGAAGAACAGUCGCACCGGUUCGUUGCUCACCGAUCCCGAGACCGGGGUGUCGCCGCGGACCAAAUCGUGGACCACGUACGCGUUCCCCGAGGCUUGGCACAGGAGCCUCGACGGGAGCAUAGAGUCGCGGUUCAUGAAGCUGACGGACGAGAAGGGCGAGACGGUCAUGCGAGUCGGCCGGAGGGGGCCCACGUUCGAUCCGCUCUACUACCUCAAGCUGGACCACGGCGCCUUCAAAGAGAUGCAGCACAGGGACAAGACCCAGGUGCGGACGGCGGACGGGACGCUCAAAGCUUGCGUCGCGUUCCACAUGUGCACAGACAUAAGCAUACACGAAGCCUUCGGCGCCAAGGGGAUCGACGGGCCGGGCUACGUCGUGUACGGCACCACGCCGCACUUUAAGGGCCAGCCGCCCACGGAGAAUUUCAACGGCAUCGUGCCCCUGUUCGCGUGGGCGAAGGUGUGCGCGUGCGAAAUCAAGGGCGGCAAGACGGACGUCGCCGUGUACACCGCGGAGGGACACUUCUUCUCGAGGACCGCGUCGUUCGUGGUGAAGAUGUCCGGGGAAGGCAAAGCCGCGGUGGAGAAGUGCGAAGACGCGGGGAUCGGCGCCGUCGACGAGGACGGCUCCAAGCCCGGGCUGAUGCUGGUGCACGACGUAGACGACUCGGCGCACGGCGCGGAGGAGGGUCUGCCGCGAGCGGAUUCGUUCGGAGAAGGGGAAAACAACCGGGACGACAGGCCGCCGCGCGGGCGCAGGCAGCGAUUCGUGCUCGCGGGUGGCUCGGACGCGGCGUUCUUCAUCUGCACCUACGUCGCCGCGGUGAAGUUCAACCUGUUCCGAAAGUGCGUGAGAAAGUGA